UUCCAUUUUGUUCUUCAGAGCGGUGCUUUUAAAAUUGCGUCUAAACAACAGAGGCCGCGCUAGGCUAGGCCAGUGUAUAUUUCGUGAAUAACAGAAAACGUAACCUAAUUUACUAUUAGUAAAUUUGUAAAUUAGUUUCAAUGUGUACUGAGCAUUGCCAUGGAACCUUUUAGAGCAACAAGAUUGUGGAAUGGUCUAAUUAAAGAAUUUCGAAAUGGUAUGCACCCAAAACGACAUCGUUGGAGGAUGCGUCAUUAUGACAAUUGCUUCACAUCAACUGAGGCUAUCGAAUUUCUGUUGAAUCAUCUACACAACGACACAAACUUUGGACCUUGGGUCACUCGUGAUCAGACCUCACGACUUCUAAGCAAGUUUAUUGAGAAUCGCGUCAUUGUUGUGUCCAUCCUCUCCAAUUAAGAAGCUUCGAUCAGCUCUCAACAGCCGUACAAAUCUUCGUGAACUAGCAGAAGCAAGCCCUAAAAAACGUCCAAAAUCAGUUCAAGCCAAGAAGCUUCCAUCCAGAAAUCCACCAACAGCAUUGACAGUGCCACACACCCACACUUCGGCAUUAACUGAAGUUAAUGAGAAUAACUUUGUACGACGUCAAUCUGCACGACUCAUGUCUUGUAAAUAUGUGCCAAGAAGUAUCAGUAAAGAUGAGUUAGAGGACCUUUGGAAAAGCUCUGCAAUAACACGGCUUCAGCGUAUCACAGGAGUAUCAACAAUUGAUGAUUUUGUGCGUGUUGAUGAAAUCCAAGGUCGGGAUAUUAUUCAGAAUAGCUUGCACAUCAAUCGUAACAACAUGGUCAUCAUUGAAGACAAGAGCCAAGACCUACCUCACUGGGUGCUAUCUGCCAUGCGGUGCCUUGCUCACUGGCCAGAUCGAACUGAUGAAACAGGUUUACCGUCAUAUCCUGGCUUUGAAAGAGAUGUUUUUAAGACCGUUAGCAACUACUUUCACAGCCUGUCUGAACCUUUGUUGACCUAUAAUCUCUAUGAUAUCAUCACUGGCUCCUUCUUGAUCUGUGAUAGACGAGAUCGAGGGCUCGGAGACUCCCCUUGUGAACUUACUACACCGCCAAGUGUGGUCACAUCAACUCACCUUUCCACAUUUGGUUCCGUAGAGAAUCUCAUGCUUGAUUUAACAAUGGGAUGGACACCACUAACUAAGUUCAGUGGUCAGUCAACAGAAGGAAUAAACCGUGUUGGGUGUGAAAGGCGGUCGAUGCGACGCCAGUUGUCAAAUGUGACACCAGUAGCAAGGAGGAAAAACACCAGCCAGUCACCUUCCGGUGGUAAAGGUAAUGAUUGUCACUCCUCUGGUACCAUCUUCUGUCUAACAUCUCAAAAAAUAACUUCUUGCGAACAAAACGACCAAGAUGAGGGCUGGGUACAACCAUGUGAUGGUGUUGAAGUAGAUGUAGCGAAAACGUCCCUAAAGGAACUGACUUGCUGUCCAAGAAAACGUCCACAAAGUGCUACGGUUGAGUACGACCACAUCCGUCAAAAAUUGAAUGAUCCUGUCACUGAUGUAUCACCAAGUAAUUGCGUCAAUAGUUACGGUUUCCUGCCAAUGUAUGCUGAUAAUUCCAUUUCUACAAAGCAAGUUUGUAAAAAUCCAAAACGAUACUCGUCAGAUUCCAACCUGACGAGCAGUCGCUCAGUCUUCUGUUUCCAACGUGGCAGACUGGGGUUUGAAGAUGUCCAAGCCACAAACACUAAUAGUAGACAACCCCAAAGUGACCUGCAUUAUGCUUCUACCUCAUGUCUAAUUUCGUCAAAUAAAGAUCUAUCACCAGAUUCUGGAAAAGAUUCAUUUGAAUUAAGUCGUAGCAGGAGUGGGUCGUUUAGAAAUCGUAAAAAAUUCAGCUCACUCACGAACAUAGACAUUAAAUCUGAUGAUAACAAGCACAAAAAGGCACCCAGAAGUAAUUUAUCCUUUUCAAAACAAUUUGGAUCGGCAUCGGAAAUAUUUCAAAAAUUGUUUACAAAAAGGAAGGAUAAAACUACUCUUCAAGAUCAGGCAUCUUGUGACUCUAAGAUAAGACCUCAACAAGUAAAUUUAGCCAAAAGUAAUAAAGAUUUUUCCAGUUUACCCAACAAUAAAAGGCAAACAAGUCCACCGUAUCCGUCCCCAUUACGUGCAACUAUAUCGCAACCUGUACUAAUCGGUAGGCGCAAUGACUCUGGUUCCAGCAUUGAUUCCUUCUAUUCCGCCAAAAGCAAUUUGACUCGACAAAGUAUCAGCUCCUCGAGUAUGAAGUGGUCAACACCGGAUGAAGAGCAGAACAGUUGCAAACAUUCCACUAGCUCAACAAGUUUGUGUUUGACAGAUGAUCAAUCAUACACUGUAGAGGGUCUGAAGAUCUGCUGCCUUCUCCUGCCGCCACCGAACAGGAAAAAACUUUACCUACUCCUGAAACUCAUGACAAAGAUGGUGAAUAAUAAGGAGCUCAAUUUGAGCCAACACAUGUCUACCAAAUCAUUAGUAUUGCAAACGUUUUGGCGAAGUAUCCUAAGUUGUGAGGUUGAGGUGGGACUGGAUGAGAUCCUUGCCAUUAAGGUCGUGACCUAUAUGAUGGAGCACUAUGACCAGAUAAUGACAGUUUCACAGGAACUGAAGUCUGAUGUCGAUGAAAGAAUUCUGUAUUUACGGAGAACUCAGGUUAAGUUCAAUGCUGAGGAAGGCAUAGAGAACAACCCUGUUUCAUACUGCCAGAAAAUCAGCUUAGAUGAAUACAAGCAGCAAAAGUUAAGCCAUUCCGAGAAUGCCAUCUCUUCACUUCUGGAAUCAAUAAUCAACAACAAGACCAUGCCAGUUAAGGUCAAGAGGAAGAAAUUGAAAAAGUUCCAGCAAGAAUAUCCAGAGAUUUAUGCCAAAAGGUUGCCAACGACAUCGCAUGAAGCAGAAUUGUUCCCACAAAAGCCCAAGAUCAAACAACCAAUGCUGAACAUGAAGAAAUCCCUUACAAAGUUGAAGUCCAUCAGAUAAAGAUAGAAAGCAGUGGUGCUCCCUCCACCUUUCUCAUCUCAUCUGAUCUGCAUGGUGAUUUAUUAUUGUCAAUUAAAAAUUUUGUUUUACAUGCAAAAGCUGGGACCACUUUUCUUUCCUGAGAUCAGGUUUAUUGUUUUAUGUUUGUAGUCAACAAUCUGAGAUUUUUUGAUGUUAUGGAUGAUACAUCAUGGUUUAGAAAUUUAUACAGUAUUUAGCUCAUGAUAACAGUAAUACUUGUUAGUAAACCUUACACAGUACCUUAGUGUAAAUCUUAAAUAUAUAGUACCUUUUGAGAAUUUUAUAAGAUUAUGUAUUUUAGAUGUUUUACAAAUUGUGAAUUUAUUUAACGUCCAGCUGUUUUCGAAUCUAGUAGCUAAUAUAUUUGUAGGUUUUUUUGUAAGCAAAGUUGUCGUCAUUUUAUAUGCAAGAUGUUUUACUUCUUUGCAGUUUAUAUCAAGUAUUAUGUAUCAUACAGUAAUUAACUUGUAGCAUAUCAUAGUUCCUUAAUGUUUACUGCUUAAUUGUGUCUGAAAUUGGAAUAAUCGUACCUUUUAGUAUUUAUGUAAAUAAUUUGUAUAAAGUUUCUGUUUAUUGUAAAUAACCCUUGCAGCUAUUCUGUCCAGCCAAAAAUUGUAUGUGUAUUAACAUUUUUUAGUUUCAUAUUUUAACAACUAUAACUCAAGGCUGAAGCAUGGUAUACUGUACAACUCCAGGAACUUAUUAUAUAGAAGCUAUUUAUUGAAAUUUAAUCUGUACAAGUUCACAGGGUAGGUACCAAAGUAAGUCUUUCUCCACACCAUCACAUUUUAUGUGAGACAAAAAAUGUGAUGUUUGCAUUUAAUACGACGGCAUGCUCAUAUAUGGGCACAUCACAAGUUUGUUGCAUACAAUUUGAUAGUGUGGACUGAAUGUUGCUGAUAAUUUUGUUCUAAUUAAUUUUGUAAGUGUUCAUUCCGCAUUUAAGCGGUUGGAAAUGCCCAACCAUGCUUAAUUUGAACCUAUGAUAAUGUUGCAGCUUUUUAAUACUCAUUCUCUGAUCCAUUUCUGAUCUGGUUCAUAAUGUCUAGCCUUACAAUUAUGAUAAUUUAUUGUACAGUCAGUUCGAAAGACAGAUAGAAAAAAUUUCGAUAAUAGAUGGCUUUUUAUAGUUUAGGCCAGUCUACUUUUGUAUGUGUCAUCGUAAAUAUUAUUUUGAAUUAAGCUAUUCUAAGUUUUUAUAUUGUUCUAUAUCAUUUAACAAAAAUAUCAUUUUACAAUCUUUAUUAUCUGAAGAGGUUCACCAAUUUUGAUGGGUAAAAUAUAUUCCAUUCACCAUGAAACAAUCUUAUAAUCUACUUAAUAAUACUGUAGAUGAAAUUGCAGAGUUUUAAAAAGUCAAAAGAAACAUUUUAAUUAUUUCAAUAUGCAGUAAUUUUCUUUUAAUAUUCUGAUAAAGCUAAUUGCUGUCUGAAACUGAGGUAGUAAAGUUAUGAAAAUAGGAAUAAAAUAUAUAUACAAAUA